UUGCGCGCGCGGCGAUCUCUUCUCGCGGCGCCCGAAAGAAGAUUCGUAUUUCGAUUGAAUUAAGCGCCUCUUAGCAAGUUGCUCGAGCUAAUCGCAAGAGCGCUUCGUGAACAAAAGCGUCUUGGUGGUAAUGAAAUACCGUCGCUUUGUGAACAAGACGCGGGUCAACAGACGGGACUGUUACGAUCUUCGCGCGCGCGUCUAUUGUCUUCCGUUUUCCGGCAAGUGAUCACAGUCGCGAUACAACUUUUGCGUUUCCGUUCGUUUCCGUCAGAAAGAAGAAAAGUUUUUCGUCGCGUAGUUCACGGCGAGAUGAUGUCGGUGCGAAUCAGAUGCGUUUGAUCGCGCGUUUAUUCGUGUUUGUUGACUUGGCGAUCGCCAGCGAUGAGAUUUCGCGGGACCUGGAAACAACACUUGGCGAACGCGGGUGUUCGACCUCGUGCUAAGGCGAAACGGUAGCGCGAGCGGUGCCGCGUGCUCGCCCCCCCGUACUCUGUGCGUCCGUUAACACCACUAGAGUUCGAUCUCGCUGCAAAAUUUCAUCCCCUUUUUGUUCUCGUAAAUUUCGCAUGUUCUUGUGUUGCUACGUGCCGCUUUGUGAUACGGAACAGCUGACUCGUCCGGAGCCGAUCACGCCGUUCAUCAUGAAUACACCGCGAGAACUGAAGCAGUACGUUUCGCCGCAUGGGUGCCUGGGUUGACGAUCGUUUCGCGGAGGAGGAGGUGGUCCCAAGUGAUCAAAGUAUCAGUUGGACUUGGAGAACACGGGGCCGCGAAUGCAAUGGUGGUGGACCAUUGCAUGGUCGACCGAGUGCCGACUAUCAAUCGCCAAACAACCUCAUCGCACCGACCGGCUGGUCAGCGUCCCUGUUGCCGUUGCGCCGUCAGUUCACCAGGCAGCUCUACGAGUGGCCUUGUUUACCGUUGUUCAAAUCAAGGACGAAACUAGACCUUUACUGAAUCUAUAGAUCAUUCCGUUACGGAAACGCGAAUCGCGCGCCUGAGUUUUACUUGUAAACACAGAUUGCUCUUUGUUAUCGCGUGUGAUUGUUGCGCAUAUGUGAGUGUGAGUGUGUGUCUGAGUGUGUGUUUGCGUGUACACAACGUACAUCAUUGGUUUCACGAAGAGAAAUAUUGGAAUUGAGCUACCCAAGAGAGUCUCGUCGUUCUCAAAGUGAAUUUCGACGACGGUGGUCGUAACCCCCCUCACAUUCUUCGUUUCUUCAGUAUGGCCGAGUGGACCAAGUUCAGCGGUGCAGGAGACAAGUUGAGUCAACACGACGAACGAACGACGAACGAUACGACCGUCACGAAUACGACGAAACGGUCGGGCGCUGAAACGAACGACCAUGAGAUUAUCGAUAAAGACUUGCGCGUGGUGAACGAACGAGAUGAUUGCGAUGGCGAAAAUCACGAUUAUGAUUGCAAAGAGAAAAUCGCGAGCUCGAGUUUGAUUCAAGAAUCGGAUCACGCCAAUGAUCUUCAGAACGAUUCGAAAUCGCUGAAGAUGCCACGUGGGGAAGAAGAAAAGAGAUUUGUGGAGAAUAAUCCAGAGCGAAUGGACGUGCCGGGUUCACGUAUACGUCAGGAAGCUCGCAACGAGCUGAAGAAAACCUCGCAAAAUUCGCACAACUCACCGAAAAGACCGAACAGUCUAUAUAAAGAAGACGCGUCCAGUCCGCAGAAGUUGAAGAACGUUUUCAACGAGAGAAAUACGAUUUUCAACUCGCCCACUAGGAUUCUGUCGCCCAAGAGUCACUCGUCUACCGAGAAGAGUACUGAAAAACUCGUGAACGGCAAGUCUCCCAAGGAAGACAAGCAGCAACAUCACGUGCAGUUCAAUAAAGAAUUCAAGAAGCAGCAAUUACGCCCCACUCCUGAGGAAAGACCGCAUCCGAGCCCGUCGAUCUCGACGUCCACCACCAGCAGUUCCGAGGACAAUUCCUUGGGACAGUUCUCCGAAGCGAGACCGCCCGACGGAGGUUGGGGUUGGGUUGUCGUAGCGGCAUCUUUCAUGGUCAAUCUGAUCGCUGAUGGCAUCACUUUCUCGUUCGGAAUAAUAUACGUCGAUUUUCUGAAUUACUUCGGCGAAGGAAAGUCCAAGACAGCGUGGAUUGGCAGUCUCUUCAUGGCGAUGCCGUUGUUGUCGGGACCGGUGGCAAGUUUCUUAACCGAUAGGUACGGAUGUAGAAAAGUGUCAGUGGCUGGUAGUCUACUAGCGACGGCCGGUUUUGUUGUAAGUUCCGUAGCGAACUCGAUGGAGGUGCUGAUCUUCACGUUCGGCAUCGUGUCGGGUUUCGGUUUGUCCUUGUGCUUUGUUGCGGCGGUAGUGAUUGUGGCUUACUACUUCGACAAAAAGAGAUCGUUCGCUACCGGUCUGUCGGUAUGCGGUAGCGGAAUCGGAACGUUCAUCUUCGCACCCGUCACGCAAUAUCUCAUAGCGGAAUACGGCUGGAGAGGAACAACUCUGAUUCUGGCUGGAUUCUUUUUCAAUCUCGCCGUGUGCGGUUGUCUCAUGCGUGAUCUCGAGUGGACCACCACUAGAGCGAAGGCGAAGACUCAAGAAAGAAAAAAGAAUCGGGAGAAGAAGAGAUCGAAGAUACAAAGCUCGAGCGCGGAUUCAUUCUCCGCCACUAGUUCGGCGAACACGACUACGCAAACGCCUCGCGGUUGUGAUUCGAAGAGAGGUUUCGCAUCAGCUAACGCGAUGAUAAUUGAGAAUCUCCGACUGCAGGACGGGGACGAGGGAAGUGGCGAGAAGUUGUUCUCCAGUCUGGUGAGCCUGCCUACUUUCGUCAAGAACGGGGAAAAGGUACCUCUGGAAGUGUUGGAACUGCUCAGCGCGAACAAGACCGUUUACAAUGUUUUGCUGCAAAAUUAUCCGAGUCUUCUGAUAUCAUCGAGAAGUUUCAGCGAUUCCGGGGCGUUGCACGAUCAGCUGAGUACACCCUCGGCCCGGUUUAUACCCACGCCGAGUCCGUUAGCUGAGUUAAGAGUCGAGGACGAAAACAAGGAGAAGAAUAACGACCAGCAAAUUCAUCGCGCCGACGAGCAACAACAGCAACAGCAACAGCAGCAGCAGCAGCAGCAGCAGCAGUCAGUGGAACCGUCGUAUUUGUGGUGGCUGAAAAAGAUCGAUUCCGAUGCCCCGUUGAGACGAUCCAGCACUCUGGAACAACCAAAGAGACUGCCUACUGCUUACUUGAAGGACAUCAGAAUGCACAGGCACAGUCUGACUUACAGAGGCGCCAUGCUGAAUAUCAAUCGUUAUCGUCUGCGAGCCUCCAGCUGCCCGGACAUCUAUAGAAACUCGAUGACCACGAUCGCUAAGACGAAGCUCGUCUGGUACUCCGGACUUUGGGAAUUCUGGGACUUGAUUGUUGACAUGCUGGAUUUCUCGUAUUUCGCCGAUCCGAGGUUCCUGCUGUUCGCGGUCAGCAACUUUCUUCUGCACACGUGGUAUGACGUGCCUUAUGUCUAUCUAACGGACAACGCGAUCGAAGUUGGAUUCAGUCAGACGGACGCGUCUAUCCUGAUCUCGGUGAUCGGGAUCGCUAACAUGGGCGGCGAGAUUCUUCUAGGCUGGGCCGGUGAUAAGGCGUGGGUGAAUGCAUCUAUCGUCUAUGCGGUAUGCAUGGCGCUCUGUGGCGCCGUCACCGCUCUCAUACCCAUAGUUAUCAGGCAUUACUAUACUCUAUGUGCAAUCUGUUGUGCCUUUGGAUUAUUCAUCGCAGCGAAUUACAGUCUCACCAGCAUUAUCCUCGUCGAACUGAUUACCUUGGAGAGGUUCACGAAUGCGUACGGUCUUCUGUUAUUGGUUCAGGGAAUCGCCAAUCUCAUGGGUCCUCCACUAGCCGGAUGGCUGUACGAUAUCACGGGCACAUACGAUUUGUCGUUUUAUUUGUCGGGGCUGUUUAUCGCGCUAAGCGGCGUGUUGUUGAUAGUGAUGCCUUUGAUCAAUCUAUACCGGAGGUGUCAGAGCGAAUCCAAGGAACAAACUUCCGAUAAGAAUUUUAACGAGAUAAAUGUGUAAAUAUAUGUUUACGCAAAAGAAAAAGUAAGAAAGAGAAGACGAAGAAAAAACAACCAUCGCCCAACGGUUCCAUUUUCAUGCGACUCAAAUCGCGGCAUCACAUAAAAGGAAUUGCGACAGAAUUUUACGAGAUUUGCUAUAGGUAUAUUUAUUAAUUUCAUUGUCACUCUCUGCAACAUGCUACGUGAGUUGCUCGAGCCGGCUGUGGUGUAUUACGUAGUAUAUAAGUUUGUCGAGAUGUUCCUCAACAAGAGGGAUCACCGACCUUUCUGCGACAAUUAAUUGCGAGCGACUCGGAUAAGAAAAGAACAAAAAAAAAAAAAAAAGAAAAGAGAAUUGUACAUCGUGACGAAUCGCGUCAACAAAUUAUUUCUGAUUCUUCGUGAUUUAGUCUGCGUGCAAUCGAUGCUUCGCUAAAAAAAAAUCUUUGCGAGACUUUACCACUUUUAAUCGUCACUUCUAAUCUCUUAAAUAUUAUACGUAUAAAAGAAAAUUAUUACCGAGAGUGAGUAUAGUUUUAAUAUUUACAAUAUAGCGUAGAGUGAUAUUGCGAUAUAGAAUUAUAUAUGUACAAAUUAGAAAGAAAGGAACACACGUGCUGCUCGCGGCAAUGUAAAGUCGGAGGACGUGCAAAAAAAAAAAAAAGAAAAAAGAAAAAAAAUCGAUUCGUCGCGCGUGGUUCUGUAAUGCGAGUUGACGGUAAUUUAUAUCUUGUCUAACAUGAAGUAUAAUCUUGAAGAAUAACAAUUACCAAAGGAAAACGAUUGAUUCUUCAAUUAUUGUGAUUGACUUAGUUCACAAGAUAGUUUAUAGAAUAAAUCUCUUCCCUCUUUUUGUGUUUCUCAAUAAAAUUUUUUGGAAGCUUUGUUAAAAAUCUUCAAACAAGUUUUACGCCAUGUGUAAUCGCGCAUUAAUCAGAAUAAUUGAAAAAUCAAACUCGUGGUUUCCUUUUUUGUAAGCGUAAUUUCGAAUCUCAGGAUAUUAUCAACAAUUAAUAUACAUAUAUAUCUAUACAAUUAAUAUACAUACCUAUUAUAGGGUGGAAGUCACAUCGAAGCACCUUUGAUGUUCUCUCGUUUUUGAUGCGUGUACAGUAAAAAAGUCGCAAAUUCUACGCUUGUAGCCCUCCCCCCGCUAUUUCUUCAUCGAGUGAGUUACAUUCUGCGAAAGAGAUUAGGUUAUUGUAUAACUGACAAGUUAUCCCCAUUUUCCACCUAACGCGCCAUAGGUAUUGCAAAUUAUUAAUUAAUCAUAGCAUCAUCCCCCCCGACUUCUGUGUAAUCGUCAUCUUGCAAACACGCAGUUAUAGUUAAUGUGUACAAUUUAAAUUUAUAUUUGUUGUGAGAUAUUUAAGUCGCAAUCUCUUUCAGGUAACUCAUAUGUAUUGUGAUUCGCAUUUUUUGCUCUUACUCAUACUUUUUCCUGUUAAAUAAAACUUAUUGCAUUGAAACUUUUUUUUUUUUUUUAGUUAGGACUGUGAAAUCAUCGUAUGGUGUGCGUCGUGGCUUCAACACGCAGACGAAAAAAUUCGCUUGAAAUCUGUAUACAAUUUUUGUUCGCUUGUUCGCUGCGUGUUGAAGUGAUGAGGAAAAAAAUCCCCGUUAUAUGUAACACGUUGAAAAAUUCUCUGCGCGUAUACUUUCUUUUGUGAGGUAAAAGCGAAGAAAAGUAUAGUGAGGACGUUAAAGUGUUUUGUGUUGUAUCGAGAAGAAACCGGAGAUAUGGUAUAUCGAAUAUUUCCAUAGCGAGUUCUCUCCUUUCAGAGCGCGAUGCAUGCGCGUUUUUCAUUUGGAAUUACAUGUCUAGAGAGAGCGAGAGAAAGAGAGAGAGAGAGAGAGAGAGAGAGAGAGAGAGAGAGAGAGAGAGAGAGAGAGAGAGAGAGAGAGAGAGAGAAAGAGAGAAAAUGGACAUGUGCGUAUAGCUCUUUUCUGUGAUCACGAAACUUGCCUCUUUAUCAAUUUUGCAAGCUAUAUAAAUAGACUAUACUACCUCCGUUACCAUAGUAUGCGUACGCGCAUAUAUAAUAUGAUGUAUAUGUGUGUGCAUGUUGUAUGUGUGAGCACACGUGUCCGAUUUUUUUCGAUCGUAAUAAUAAAACGUAAUCUUAGUUUGUGCGUCUAGUUUAUUCCACGCGAUUUGUUUUAUUGUCUGUUAAACAAAAAAGUAUAAAAGUGAAAAAAAAAAAUAUGUUGCCAUACCGUAGCAAUUCUCGAGUGUACGCCGAUGUGAUGCAACGGCGAAAAAAAAAAAGAAAAAACAACCUGCUGUAAACUUACGCGAACGCAUUAAAAUAACGAUCAGUUUUUUUUAUUGCUCCCAGAAGAAUUUCAAUCGUGUGACGAGUACACAAUUGCUUGACGAGAUCGAGAUAUUUUGCGCAUUUCGUUAAAAAUCAACGUCAACAAAGAUCGAAAUUAAAAAAAAAAAAAAACAAAAAACAACCCA